AUGAUGAUGUUCAAGGCUGCAAAAUACUACUCAUUUCACUCUAUUACAACUGAAAGAAAGAUCGUAGCUUAUUGCUUUGUAUUUAUUGGAAUUAUCAUAAUCAUAAAUGACAUUAUUGUAAUGAUAUUUGAUAAUGAUUAUUCAUACAAUAUUUCCACUUUACUCAAGCCAAUCUUCUUGAUUUUCUACAGUCAGUACUUUCUUGGGAUUAUAAUGGAUUACGCAUUAAUUAUUUACAGAGGAAAGGAGAUAUACUUUAUGAUGAUAUUCUCCUAUGUCUUUUUUGUUGGUUUAGGGACUGCCAUCUUUAGAAAUUAAUCAGAGAUAAGCGAUAUUACUCAAGAAGAAGGAAUUUGCAAUUCAUCUGGUCUACCUUUUAGUCAAAAGAACUACUGCACAUUUCUUAUUAUGUUUUAAUUAUAAACUACCGUAAAUUCACCAGAUAUUUAUUUACCAUAUUAUGGAGAUAGAAGUGUAGCCGUUAUUUACUUUAUUGCCUAUUAAUUCGUCAAUACAAUCUUAAUGAUUAAUCUUAUUCUUUCAUUGUUCUAUUCAUAAUAUAAGAAAUUAGUAGAAGAACGAACGAAAUCCCUUCUUGAUUAACAUAGAAAUAAAUUACAACAGUUUUAGAAUAAAGUACUUCGAAAGAAAAAAUAGAAUUCAAUUGCUAAUCUCAUAAAGUAAUAACAAUAAUAAGCAAAUACGAAUUCUUAAUUUCUAAUUCAAAGAAUAUUGGAUCAUUGGAUUUUUAAGUCUAUUAUGUAAAUUCUUUGUAUUGCUGAUUUUUGUUUUAUCUUCUAGGAUAACACCGACAGAGACAUAUAAAUUGUGAAUAUUUCAUUAAAUACUGUAAUGCUUAUCGAAACCAUAAUUAUUGCUAUUUUAAGAGGUCUGAACAACAUUAAUAAAUAUCCAGCUGUGAUAUUUGAUUUUACUAUCUCUUUGGUUUUGGUUACACUAAUAAUUGCAAUUAUGGCUGUUUAAUAAGACAGUUUCUCCUAGGAUAUUUUAAUCAAGGUUUGUUGUUCUAUAAUGAGUCUCAGAUUGUUCAGAGGAUGCAGUUGGCUAUUAAAAUCUAAGAAUUUUGUAAAUAUCCUACUCAAGAUAUCAGCUAUAUCUACUUAUCUAUUGUAACUUUUUGGAACUUUAAUAGUAACAAUAACUAUAUUUAAUUCAAUUGGGUAAUUAAUAUUUGGAGGGAAGAUUAAUUAUAAUCAAUAACAUCUCUCUAACUACUAAUGGGUUAAUUUCAAUGAUUUUUUAUCUGGAUUUUGUACUUGUUGGUUUUUAUUAAUUGUAAACAAUUGGAAUGUGAUGUCAUACGAUUUUUCAUUAAGUCUAUAAAGUGAUUUUAUUUACUUAUUUUUUAUCUUCUACUACAUCAUAGUUGUUUUAUUAGCUUAAAGCGUGACAAUUGCUUUGCUAAUUGAAUACUUAGUUAAUCAUGUAAAGGAUUUGAGUUCUUCAGCGGAGGAGGACACGAAGUCGGAAAUCUCUAUUGAAGAGAACUUUCAAAAUGAAUUACAUGUUCCCUUAUAAUAGAACUUUAAGGCUUAAUGA